CCCGAUGCCAAGCGGCCCUAGCAACGGGCGGCGGCAGGGGACCGGCUCCUUGGGCGGCCGUGCAUCCCGACCCCUGGGCCCGACCUCCGACCUCCGACCUCCGACCCCCGGCCGCAGCCUGCUGACGACCCUCCGGUCGCCGGGGGCCACGUUGCUUCCCGGGGAGCCGGCGGCCGGACAUGGAGUCCGACGAGAAAACUUGCCAGCAGCUGAGGCUCCAGUUCCAGGCUCUGCAAGCCCAGCAGCUCAAGCGGCUGCAGAAACUGAUGGAGAAGAGGAAGGACGGGCCGCCGGCCACCCGCGGCCGGGGGACCGACGACGCGCGGCCCCGGGCGGCCCCGGGCCGGCCGGAGCCGGACCCCCGGCCGCCAGCCACCGGGGACCGCAGCCAGAGGUUGCCGGAAGAGGAGCUGGCGCUGCUGCGGGAGCAACUGCGAGAGGUCGGGGACGAGAACGGGAGGCUGCACAAGCUGGUCAGGGACAGAGACGGGGAAAUCAGGCACCUGAGCAGGAAAGCGGAGGAGGACCGGCUGGCCCUCGCAGGGCUGGCCGGCGGGACAGGGGACGUGGCCGCCGCCAGGAUCGUCGAGCUUUCCGGGCGGAACCGGGACCUGACCGCCGAGAUGGAGAGCCAAAAGGCCAAGGCCGAACGGCUGAGCGGCAGAGUGCGCGAGCUGGAGAGAGAGCUGCAGGCGGCGGAGGCCAGGGCCCGGGGCCGUGGGGGCCCCGGGGGCCCCGGGGCUCGCGAUCCAGGCUCCAAGCAGCUCGGUGCCGGGACGCAAGGAGGCGCAGAGGCAGACGUCCCGGAGGUGAAGGCUCUGCAGGAGAAACUGUCCGCGGCCCAGCUGAAAGUGGUGGACUACCGCAACCAGAUCCAGGUGGCCAGGCGGGAGCUCAGAGUGGCGCACAAGGUUUUGGCCGGCGAAGUCGGGGAGGACGCCGACGUCGCCCAGCUGCUGUCGUCCCCCGGGAGCUGGAGGGGCCGGGCCCAGCAGAUCCUGGUUCUUCAGGGCAAGGUCCGGGAGCUGGAGGCCCGGCUGGGCCGGAGCCACGGCCGACGGUCCGGCGAGGAGGCGGCGCCCGGCCCGCCGGGCCUUGGCCGGUCUCCCGCCCGGGAGAAAACCAUCCUGAAGAUCCGCUGCUUGGAGAGAGAGAGGAAGGAAGCGCUAGAGAAGGUGAGCGGCGAGCGGGACGCGCUGCGGCGGGACCACGACAACCUGAGGAGGAAGUGGGAGGGCGCGAGGGCCCGCAACCAGGUCCUGACGGCCGAGGGGAAGGCGCUCAGGAGCCAGAUCCUCACCUUGCUGGACAAGGGCAAGCACGACGACGAGCUCAUCGACGCCCUGCUGGAGCAGAUGAAGCGGCUGCAGGAGUCCCUGAGCCGCCUGAGCCAGCGGGAGGAGCAGAACAGGGAAUCCCAGCAGCCCCCGGGCCAGAGGCCGCACAGCGAGGCGCAGAGGACCAACUGCCUCGUGGCCCAGCUCCGGGCCCUGGUGGCCGAGCGAGAGGCCAAGGUCCGGGAGCUGGAAGCCGAAGUCGGACACCUCAGGCUCCAGGGCAGCGCGGAGCUCGGCGCGCGGACCUCGGACCCCCCGAGCCCCCAGACCCCGGCCCCCGAACCCGGCUCGGCCCGCCCGGCUCUGGAAACGGAGGAGGGGUCUGCCGGCGUGUCCCCCGGCCCCCGGAGCGGCCCCCUGACCCGGCCCCCAGCCUCGGCAGAGGACCCCAGGGACGGGCCUACACUGCCUCGAGACCGCAUAAGACCCCGUGAUAACACUCGGGUUCAAAGAGUCUUGCAGGGAGUCGGUCUUUACCCCGUUAGGUCCACGGGGGCCCCGGCCUUCCGUAGCGGCAGCCUUCAGACGCUCGGGCGGUCAGUGCGGGGGUCCGGCGGUCCGUGGCCCCCGCUCACCCCGGCGCGUCCCCCACCCCACAGCACCGUGAGCCGGCUGGGACGCACCCUGGUGGAAUCGGCGGUCACUCGGCCGGCCCGUGCCUCAUCUGGCCGUCACCCCAACCGGGUAGUCCCCGACGCUCCCCCGGCGAGGGCGAUCUCUCGGCCGUUGCAGCGUCCCCUCUCUCCCUGCCCCGGCCUCUCCCAGGAUUCACCCCCGACCCUCGCCCGCCCUGACCCCUCCACCCCGUCCCCGGGCCCGCAGAGCCUCCCGGCUCUCCCAGCUGCCCCCGCUCUUCCCCGGCGCAGGCCCCCGGAGGCCGACCCCGCGGCGGAGCGGGGCCGGCGGGCGCAGCUGGCCGAGGUCACGGCGCGCUGGCAGGCCACCCAGGUGGAGCGGGAUCGGCUCCUGGAGUUUGUCGCCGUGCUGCAGAAAAGGGUGGGCGACGAGGCCGCCCGGCUCUGGGAGACAGAGAGGAGACUGCAGGAGGAGCGGCGUCGGUCAGUGGUCCUGGAGCAGCAGCUGGAGAGGGCCCGGAUGGACGCAGCCAAGAACGGGAGCUCCCAGAGUCCCACGGGCCAAGGCGGAGCAGGCUCGGGUGGCAGCUGGCUGAGAUCGGGGUCCUGAGGGCGGCCGCCCCGCACCGCUCUCCGAGCGGGGAGGAAGAGAGACGCGAGACGCCGGCCGAUCCUCGUCUUCCUGCGGGCCCUCGGCCGACA